AUGGGGAAUAGCCAGAUGAGAGCAUCGUCAAGAAAAUCCAAUAAUAUCAAUCUUCAACCAAUUCCUAUUCCCCGCGACGCGAUUCUUGAUAUCCUUUCAAGACUUCCUGCUAAAUCCGUUGUCCGAUUUAGGAGUUGUUCUAUCAUUCAUGAUCCUUUCUUUGUUAACUUGCAUCACACUCGUUCUCUAACAAGGGAUAAUGGCACUGCUCUCUGUCUUUCCUUCCCCGAUCUCUCAUCCUCAUCAACAUCUCUCUCUUUCUUCGAAGGCAAGCAAGGGUUUCGAAACUUUCAACUCUCCCACGUCGACCUACGAUAUUCUCGCCUUUCUGAAAUCAUUAAUGGCGUUUUCUGCAGACAUGAUUGCACAUCCCAUCGUGUUGACAUAUGUAACAUCACCACUCAAGAGGUCACAACCCUUCCAAAGAGCACAUACAUACCAAUCAGGGCAGGUUUUGAUGCUGAUUUCGAGAUUGUUUAUGAACCUCGGUAUUCUUUCGGCUUCAAUCCCUCUACAUUGGAAUAUAAAGUACUUAAUAUUUGUAGUAUAAACAGAUACACAUUGCAACUCAAUCCUAAUAAUGGGUUGUCCACUCGGGAAGUUAGCCAGAGAAUGGUGGAGUUUGAGAUUUUCACUUUAGGCAGCGGCAGCAGAGCAGGCUCAUGGAUAAAAAUUGAUCCUAGCUACCCUUGUGUUCGAGAUCAGCUUCUUGGUCUAUCAAGUGACAGUGUUUGCGUUGGUGGAGUUAUACAAUGGAGGCAUAGGCUAUUUGACCAGGAAAUUUUUCUAGCGUUCGACCUUCCAACAGUAGAAGGAUGUCUAGCACUAAUGGGUCACGUAAUUAGUGGUUCUAAUCGGAAUAAAAUUGAUCUGUGGAUGCUAGAGGAUCGACGUAACCAGGCUUGGGUGAAGGAGAGGAUUAUUUUCCCCCUACAUAGUCCAUGUCUGUGGCCUGUUGGCAGUUUCAGGACUGGAAUGAUUUUGCUUGUACAACAUGGAUAUGCAGUUCCGGCUGUAUGGGCAGCAUACUAUUGUGACCUUCAGACAAAGAAUUUAAGCAUGAUUCAAGUCCCUGAGCUGAAGUCAGUUAAACUUCCUUGCGGUUUGGUUGGAAAACCUUCUGAUGUUAUACUUACCAUUCAUGCUGAGAACGCAUCAGCUCAGGAUAUGCAAGUCUUUGGUAAGCAACUUGAUCUUAUGAAGAGAAGCCAAGUUUUCAAACAUGUAGAGUCAGAGAACUCUAGAAACUAA